AUGUCCCACCGCGCACCAAGCACCCGCGCGACGCCCGCCAGCCUCCCCUCGCCCACGCCCGCUCCGCACUCUCUCGCUCGCGACGACCUCGACGACACGACCCGCAAGCUGCGGUGGGGGGACGCGCAGGUGCACGAGGUAGACGAGGUGGACGACGGGCACGCCGCGAGGACGGCGCAAGGGCAGCAGGAGGACGACGAGGUCGGCGAGCGGGACGAGGUCGAGGGCGGCGUGCUCGCCAUCACGUCAGUCAAGGGCAAGGUCGGCUGCUGCUUCUACGACCCGGUCACCGACAAGCUCUCGGUCCUCGAGGACCAGCAGGACUCGGCCGACUGGGACUUGACCGCCCUCCUCGUCGAGCAGCUCCUUCCCGCCACCGUCAUCACGUCGUCGACGGCGGACGCAGCCUUCCUCGAGACUCUCGACGCUCAGCUCGCUGCGCUGCCGGCCAACGCCUUCUCGUCCGCCGCGUCUACCUCGGGCGUCACCGGCGACACCAACACGCGCCUCGAGUACCGUCCUACUCGCGAGUUUUACGCCGGCCAGGGCAAGUACGCCCUCUCGCAGCUGCACAUCCACGAGGGCGGGUGGUACGCCUCGGGCGAGCGGGAGCGCGACGACUUCGACUCGGGCUACGACUCGGGCCUCGGCGUCGACGGCGAUCUCGAGCAGGGCUUCAACGACGCGUACGCGUUCGACGAUCGGCCGACCAAGCGCAGGAAGACGAGCGCGGCGGGCAACCCGGACGGCGAGGUCUCGAGGAGGAACCAGGAGCUGCGGGUCGAGGCGUUCCUCAACAGCCUCUGCACUAGCUCGCUCAUGGUCGGAUGCGCCGGCGCCCUGCUCAACCACCUGCACAAGACCCGCUCGGACCUCGGCGAGCUGAGCGACGGCAUCCAGGUCAAAGGUCUCGAGCUCAUCAAGCUCGACAAGAUCAUGCUCGUCAACUCGGACGCGCUCACGUCGCUCCAGAUCUUCCAGGACGAGGCGCACGCGGCGACGGGCUCGUCGGCGACAAAGGAAGGCCUCUCGCUCUUUGGCAUCGUCAACAUUGCGCGCACGCCGCUCGGCAAGCUCCUCAUGCGCCAGUGGUUCAUCCGGCCGUCGCUCGAGCUCGACGUCAUCGAGGCGCGGCACGAUGCCGUCGAGUGCUUCAUUCGCGACGAGAACCAGCCGGCCAUCGACGCCGUCGAGGCCAACUUCAAGCACAUCAAGAACGUCCGCCGCGUCCUCAAGGCCAUCGCGAGCGGCGACGGGUCGCUGUCGGACUGGCAGGCCAUCUGGAUGUUUGUCUACGGCUCGAUCCAGAUUCGCGACGCCAUCCUCAGCCUCGAGCACCGCCAGAGCGUCGAGAUCGUGGACAAGUUUCUCGACUCGUUCGACUCGCUCGCGUUCAAGGACCUCGGCGAGAUCAUCAACAACGUCAUCGACUGGCAAGAGUCGCAGCUUACGCAGGGCAAGGUGUGCAUCCGGCCCGGCAUCGACGCCGAGCUCGACAAGCUGCGUCGUCGCUACGCCGGCCUCGAGUCGUUCCUCUCGAGCGUCGCCAAGGACGUCGCCUUCGAUCUUCCUCGCGAACUCGCCAAGGACCUGUCGCUCGUCUACUUCCCGCAACUCGGGUACCUCAUCACGAUCGCCAACGAGCCAAACGUCACCGACGCCGACAAGUACGGCGCGUUCGGGUGGGACUUUCAGUUCGUCACCGAGCAGCAGGCCUACUUCAAGAGCAGCAAAUGCCGCGACCUCGACCGCCACAUCGGCGACCUGCAGUGCUUCAUCUCGGACAAGGAGAUCGAGAUCCUUCACGCUCUCGUCGGGCACGUCCUCGAGCUUCAAGGCCAGAUGCUCUCGGCCGCCGACGCUCUCGCCGAGCUCGACUGCCUCAUCGCGUUCGCCGGCGCUUCAAGGCUGUACGACUGGGUGCGCCCCGUCAUGACGGAGGACGCAGUCUGCAAGAUCAUCAAAGGCCGUCACCCGCUCGCCGAGCUGUGUGUCGAGACGUUUGUCCCGAACGGCACGUCGCUCGUUGGCGGGCAGGCGACGAUCAAGCCGGACUCGGAGCAAGAAGUCGAGCUGUGCGGCGACGAGGACAAGAGCAUGAUCAUCCUCACGGGCGCCAACUUUAGCGGCAAGAGCGUCUACCUCAAGCAGGUCGCGCUCAUCACGUUCAUGGCCCACAUCGGAUGCUUCGUCCCCGCCGAGGACGCCCUCAUCGGCUUGACGGACAGGCUCAUGACGAGGGUUUCGACGAGGGAGUCGGUCACGAGGGGCUCGUCGGCGUUCAUGAUCGACUUGCAGCAGAUCGCGUUCGCCUUGCGCAACCUCACGCCGCGCUCGCUCCUCGUCCUCGACGAGUUCGGCAAGGGCACCGAGGCCGACGACGGGGCAGGCCUCUUCUGCGGCGUCAUCGAGCACCUCCUCGGUCUCGGACGGGACGCUCCUCGCGUCGUUGUCGCGACGCACUUUCAGCACGUCUUCCUGAACGGCCUCCUGUCGCGCAAGCUCCCUGCGACGCUCGCGCACAUGGAGAUCCGCGUCGACGAGUCGACGGCAGGCAGCAGCAGCGCCGAGACCAAGGGCGUCGAGAGCGUCGCCUACCUCUACCGCCUCGCACCCGGUCUCGCCCUCUCGUCCCACGCGACCUCUCUCGCCUCGCUCUUUGGCCUCUCUCCCGACGUCCUGCUUCGCGCCGAGGAGGUGUCGCACGCCGUGUCGACCUUCUCGCUCGACGCGCUCGCGCUCAGCGACGAGGCGCAGAUGAGCGCCGCCGAGCGGGACGAGCUGCGCGAGGUCGAGGCGUGCGCGAGGAGGUUCGUCGGGCUUGAGCUUGGCGCGGCGAGGGAGGGCGAGGGGCAGGACGGCGUCGAGGAGCUAAAGGAGAGGCUCAGGUGGGUGCUCGACGGCGAGGGCGGCGGGUUCGAGGACGGCACGACCUGAGCUGCACGGUCGUGAUCGAGGAGCGCUUGUAGCAUGCGGGAAAGACGCUUUCAGACA